AUGAACUGGCUCAAGUCAACUCUCUCUGCUGCGGUGGGCACGCAGGAACCUAUCUACGGCCCCGAGGCAAUCCGAUCGGUCGCCCAGCAGACUGCUGAGACCCCCUACACUAUCCUCAACAAGGACCUGCUGCGAUGGAAGGCAUACCAGUACACCAAUGUGGAGACACAGACCUUUUACGUCAUGGCCGACAACGGCACUCUAGUCAUGGUUCAGGUCAUCUACAGCAACAUUGCAGGCAUCCAUACCACCGCUCACUUCAACACUAAGAUCUUUGACCAAAGCGGAGCUGGAAACCACAUCUGGCACUCGGAUGGUCUGUCGAACUUCAUGUUCGAUGAGCAGAUGGUUUGCUUCGGCGCUGAUAACCUGACCAUUACCCUUAACGAGGAAGGUGACUCCUACACCAUCAAGUCGACUGUCAACCCUGACUGCCUCGUCGACCUGAAGAUCACCCGGAAGGCACCGGGCUUCACCAUCGGAAAGGAUGGUACCUCCUACUUUGGAACCGACCCCAAGAACCCCUGGGGCUCGAUGACCCACUCCUUCUGGGCGCGCUGUGCUGUCGAAGGCAGCAUCACCACCAAGGAGAAGUCUUACGACCUGGCCGGUCGUGGUCUGUUUAUCCCCGCCAUGCAGGGCAUGAAGCCCCACCACGCUGCUGCCCGCUGGAACUUCAUUAACUUCCAGACUCCCACCUAUUCCGCCGUCAUGAUGGAGUUUACCACUCCCCCCUCUUACGGCUCCACUAAGGUCAACGUCGGUGCCAUUCUCAAGGACGACGAGAUCGUCUACGCCGGUGCUACUAACACAGUAACCCACACCAGCUCGACAACGGACGAGACCAGCGGCUGGCCCGAGCCUACCUCUAUCAAGUGGGAGUGGACCGGCAAGACUGCCGAUGGCCAGGAUGUGUCCGCCGAGGUUGAUGGAUCUCUCGGCAAGCGACUGGAUCGUGUUGAUGUCAUGGGCGAGGUUCCCGGCUUCAUCAAGACCAUUGCUGGUAGCGUGGCUGGUACCAAGCCGUACAUCUUCCAGUUCUCCCCUGCUGAGAAGCUGUCACUGAAGCUCAAGAUUGGUGAGACUGAGACCACCGAGGAGGGCUUCAUGUUCUCAGAGUCCACUUUCAUCUCCUAA